GCCUCGGCCCGCAGUGCUCACUCCGGUGUUGCACAACACGCACGACCCAGCCGCAUCCACAGCGAGCGGAAGACGAGGGCAAGCAAGAGAGAGAAGGACAAAGAGAAAGGCCAGAGCAUCCACCCCAUUGAUCCGACUGGGCACUCAGCUGGGACAGAGCGGGUCCUUUCUUUUUGUUUACCGUCAUGUCCUUCCAAUCUUCACCGACGCUGCCGAGGAGGAAGUACGGAUCGGUCGAGCAAGACGAUGUCGCGAAGGCAACGCCAGUGUUGUCCUUCGACCACCUUCGGGAAAAUGGGACGGAGAGAAGAGAGCAACCCAGCGGAAGGAGAUGGCUUAGCUUUGCUGUUGUGGGCACGCUCGCCGUGGGCGUGAUGGUAGCCUUGGCUCAGGCGGGGUAUCACCUUCCUUCGGCGACAACAACGUUGGAGACAGCACGGACGGAGUCGAUGAUCGAGGCAUCCGGGAUCGCGCGGAGCAGCGGCAGCGGCAGCGUGAAGGCCAACGACACCCCCGCUGCUGUCAAAGUCCACCACUCCCGGCCAGGAGUCGCAACGGAGCUGGCCCCCCUCUCGUUCGAGGCGACAAACUUCUACCACAUUCGUGACGGAAAGCCGGCGCUGGACUACCCGUGGCUCAAGGAGGUCAAGCUCAUCGAGCCGCACCGCGAGACGACGUUUACGGUAUCGUCCCCGCGGGACGGGUUCGAGUAUCGCUGGACCGUGCGGGGCGCCGACGCCGACAAGGACGACUUGCGUGCCGAAGCGAGCGGUGCCGAGACCGUGAUGAUCCUCACUGUCCUCGAUGACACCAUCAUUGAUUUGGAGGAGGUAAACACGGAGACCGGCGUGGUCGCUAGAAGGCUGGAGGAGAAGGUGAUGGUCAAGUACGUCCGCCGCGAGUUGCGAACCCUCACGGACGAGGAGCGAGAGGAGCUGUUUGACGCGAUGUACACGCUUUGGACGGUGAGAGUGAAAGGUGGCAACGGCAAAGAGCUGUACGGAGAUGACUACGCAGACAUCUACGCCAUCAACCGUCUUCACUACAAGGCAGCGAGCCCGCAGGACUGCGAUCACUUCCACGAUGGUCUCGGGUUUAUGACGAACCACGCAGUCAUCACCAACACCUUCGAGUACAGCCUUCAGAGGGUCAAUCCCAAGCUGACCGUGCCGUACUGGGACUUCACCAUCGACGGCUCUUCGGCCGGAGGGAUUUUCGGGGAAUCUGUUUCGUCGGCGGAGACUUACAGCAAAGUGUUCACGCCCGAAUGGUUCGGGACGUACGAUGAGGACGACAACAUGUUGAAGGACAGCCGGUGGGCCUUCACCCCGAUCCCCCGAAUGGAAGUCAACAACCCCGGUGAACUCACCCCGGACGUCUACCUCAAGCUUCGCGCUCCGUGGAACGUCAACGAUAGGGCUUACCUGACUCGGGGAAUGGGCAACAUGUGCGGCAUCCCGACGAGCAACACCUACCCGUGGCCCACGUGCGAGACUCACUACGAUCUCGCCACCUCCUACAAGGACUUCUACUCGUACGUGUGGGACAGCCUGUACGAUCCCCACGGUCCUGUGCACAUCUGGAUCGGGGGUGUGCUGGACUGCGAGCAGACGUACACCACUAUCCGCAAUCUUGUCGGUGAAGAGGCCGCGGGAGAGCUCGCCAUGUUCUCCUUCGUUCACCGCAAGAACUUGUACCGCGAGGGAAUCUUCCAGUGCUCGGGAACCGCAGGUGUCGGUCAGAAGCCCGAAGAGAUUUUGUCCACCGGGCAGUGCGGCUGCCUUGGAUACGAUCUCACCCAGGGAACCGACUACCAGGACAUCUUCGACCGCCUGACCAUGGCGGAUUCCAUCAUCGGGGACGUAGAUGACGAGGUCAAGAGGGAAGUGACUUCGAUCAUUUGCGGUACCCCCGCGAAUGACGGCGAUCACUUGCAGGCUAGCUCGUCCCUGGACCCGUCAUUCUGGCCGACGCACCCAACCAUGGAGCGGCUGUGGAUGUACAGCAUCCUGACGGGGCACAUCACGGAUUUCACCUGGCCGGACGGCGACGUCACCGUCACCAAGCCCGACGGCACUGUGGAGGUUGAGUCGAUCAGCCUUUACGGCGACACCUGCACGGGACACCGCGGCAGCGACGUGUUCCCCUUCGGCCUCCUGGACUCCGACACGGACGACUUCACCAUCAAGACCGGUAUCCGCGGCAACCCGGACACCGGCAACCAGCUCACCAACCGCGAGGUCCUCCAGGCGUUCGACGCCCGUUCCAACUCCCUUCCCUACGUGUACGACACCUUCAAGUGGACGCACUGCGAGGCGGACGGGGUCAACUUCGACGACGCCUGGGAAAACGCCAAGGCGAGAGGCCCGUCGUCGAUUAAGAGUCGCCCGGCAUUCAAGGAGGGUGAAGUCCGAAGGCCGCGCUACAGCGGCUACGACGAGAUUAUGGCGAAUGCACUGGCCAGGAGGGCCAAGGCUGAGGGUCAGGCCGCCGCGCCCUGAUUCGCGUCGAAUCGGCGCUCGCGAGUAAACUGGCUGGUAGCUAGAGAACCCACUCGACAGGAAACACGUUUUUUUUUUUUCUUUCUGCUAUUUUGUGCGCCCGUUCUCGUUUGUCAUCUGGAUAGGUCGGUGAAUGGGGUAUCCCGGGUGCAUUGCUUUCCACGGCGAAAGUGUCUCCUGCGGUGCGAGCUUGGGCCAGUAGGAUGGCUGUUCAAACUCUUAUAUAAGUGAUUUUGUGGUGUCGGAGAUCGGUUUUGUUGUGGCGCCUCGUUGCUAUAGACGGUUGUGUACUUUCUCCGAUGCAAUGAUGCACUUCGACGUUGUCCUUGUCUUCAGCGCUGUUCCUUGGUGGUUAAAGGAAUUGGUGCGUGUUCUCUCCCGCCCUCGCCGAGCUAGGAUGCGGGAUAUAGUUCAGGGUUGUCUGGUUUGUUCUACACGUGAGUGACAUUCUCAAGUCUUGGUAGGUCAAACUAUCUGUAGUGUGUCGUAUCGUAUGUACAUCUCGCUUCCCAAGGUCGGCAGCGACUGUUAUGCUGCAAUUACGCUUGAUCGUUGUCUUGGUGCGAGAGCGUGCCUCGCCCGCAUCGUGGCUCCUUGUGGUUGACGAAGACGCUCAUUUUUCUUGUCAUUUUGGUGUAUGGGUGGUGCUUGCUGUCCGUGUCGGCACAUGAAGGGCUAUAGUCAAUGCCAGAAGGUGGGGUCUUCAGGAGGGUGUUGUGUGUCUCAUCUGUGAUGUUGCAUGUGUUGAUUUUAACGACGAAAAAGCCGUGUCCCGACCUCGUCAGCCCGUGCAAUGGAGAAGGACUCGAGCUGCAGCCAGCCGUCCUCUUGUUUUGGUGUAUUGUUACCUGUGGAGGAUGCAUACACUCGACGAAGUCACCACGGGUGCCGCAGCCCUGCGCAACUGGGGGUGCUGGUGUCUGUGAAAAGUCAACUGCGGUUCAAAUAUGCAUACAUCAAUCAAUCGUAAUUUUGGAGAUGGAAGAGCGUGUUCGUGCACACGGAUAAGUACGUCGUGGCACACGGGUGGGGCCCCGUGACUGCUACACCCCACCCGCCGAACCUACAAAAACACGGUAGUAGCGACGUUCACGUGUGUUGGGGCAGUAUUUUUGCGCGUGAGUUGUAGACACCGAGCAAUGUUAGCAAAACAUGGACUUGCAUAUCCCAAGAUCAUUGGUUUUCUGCCUACAAAAAAAACGUUCAUCGGUGGCGCCACAAAGAGACGCUCGGUUGUAGGCCUGGGCAAAGCCCGGA